UAUCUCAAUCCAUUCUACAUUAAUUCACAAACACACUCACUCAAAAAUAGACAAAGGAUACAACCCAGAAGAAGUUUGAGGAAAACCAAGAAAAAAAUGUCUCUAAUCACAGAGGAAAUCAAGGCCAAGGCUGAGUACUACCAAGGAGAUAAGCUCUGUCAGGAGAAAUCAAAGUUUUUGCUCACAGAUAUGGGCUUGCCUAAUGGCUUAUUGCCUUUGCAAGACAUUGAGGAAUGUGGGUAUGUGAAAGAAACUGGCUUUGUGUGGCUAAAGCAGAAAAAGAGCACAACCCACAAGUUUGAAAAGAUUGGCAAGCUUGUUUCUUAUGCCACUGAAGUCACAGCCUAUGUUGAGCCCAAAAAAAUCAAGAAGCUAAGUGGGGUUAAGACCAAGGAGCUUUUGGUUUGGAUUACACUCAAUGAAAUCUUUGUGGAUGAUCCUCCAACUGGAAAGAUUACUUUCAAGACUCCUACUGGGCUGUUCAGGACAUUCCCAGUUUCAGCUUUUGAAGUUGAGGAGGAAGUCAAGGAAAAGGAAGCUGUGGAAGCUGUCAAAGAAAUCUGAUUUUCAGGAGAAGCUUGAGUUCUAAAAAGACUUUGUUCCUAGGUUCUUAAAUUUCAAUCUUCGAUAAUGUUGUGAUGCUUUUUUUUUUAUUGAAGUCUUUUACUAGUGUUACUGAUAAUAAAAAUGUGAACUUUUCAGAAUUUUAUGAAGAGUUUCAUUGUUUGA